GAAUCAUUUAGUUCAAGGAAACAUUUCCUUAGAGUAUAAAAAAAAAGUUACCAACAUGAGUGUUGACGCUAAGAUUGAGUUUCCAGUCAUUGAGUUCCGUUCAUCGGAUUUGGAGCGAGGAACCAAUGGGUGGUACCGAUUGUGCAAGAAAGUUCGAGAGGCUUGUGAGAUUUUCGGUUGUUUUGAGGUGGUAUAUGACACGAUUUCAACGAAAGUUCGAGAGGAGAUGUUUAGGUUGAUGAAAGAACUAGUUGAGGUCCCAGUGGAGAGGAAACAAAAGAACACUAGUCCCCUGCCUUACCAUGGCUGGGUUGGACCAUGCACUCAAGUUUCUUUGUUGUAUGAAGGCUUUGGACUUGGAGAUGUCUCCAACUAUGAUUCUGUUAAAAACUUUGCUCAACUUAUGUGGCCCGAAGGUCACCCACGUUUUUGUGACACUAUACAUACCAUGGGAACACAAUUGGAGGUGCUAAACAAGUUAAUCUUGUUAAUGAUAAUUGAUAGCUAUGGAUUAUCAGAGGACUCACUGAAGAUAAACUACACAACGUCAAUGCGGAUGAUGAAAUACAUGACCCCUCCACCGGGGGAGUAUGAGACAGGACUCUUUGCUCAUACUGAUAAACCGGUCAGCACAAUAAUUUGUGAGGAUCAAAUUCCAGGAUUGGAAAUUGAGGUCAAUGAUGGUCAAUGGAUCAAGCUGACUAAUUUAUCUCCUUCUUCUUUUGUCUUCAUGGUUGGAGAUCCUCUCAAGGCAUGGAGUAAUGGGAGAUUGAAAUCAACGAAACACAGAGUGAUGAUGAGCGGAGACAAAGAUCGUUUUUCUAUAGCAGCUUUUAUCAUGCCAAAUGAGGGUACCAUAAUCAAGACACCCAAAGAGCUUAUAGAUGAGGAACAUCCUCAACUUUUCAAGGACUUUGAUUUCAUGAAAUUCUUCUUUUUUGCCUUCUCAAACCCAGCAAGGCACAUUGAUAGUGGCCAGCUGCUCUAUGACUUUGUUGCUCUCUCACCACCAGUUUCCAAUGGCCAUAUGGACAAGUAAAAUCCCAGUUACAAAUAAUAAAUUUAGUCCUAUACUCAAGAUCUGCAUUCUCGUAUUGUAUUACUAUGUUAUGGUUACUUGUGUGAUUGUAUAAUGGAGUUCACUGAUUUGUCCUUUGAACUUUUAAAUAAAUAAAUAAUAAUUAAAGAGUCCAAAAAA